ACAAGGAGUAGACACUUAGAGGGACUUGACUCUCCUCUUAGUGCUCUCUGCCAAAUCUGUCUCUUUUUGCUACCCUUUUUUCUCUCUGAAUCCUUUUCUUUCAGAGGAAACAGAAUCAAAGAUGAUGAGCGUUAAACGGACCAGCUUUACAAGCAGUUCUGGAGGAAUGAGUGGAGGAAUGAGUGGAGGAAUGAGUGGAGGAAUGAGUGGUGGUGGAAGUUUCAGCGGCGGUAGUUUCAGAAUGUCAUCAGGAGGAGGAGGAGGAGGCGGAGGCAUGAGAAAAUUUUCCUCAAGGUCUGCUGUCGUCUCAUCCAGGGCACCUAUCUCAUCAUCCACUUUUGGGAUGAGGUCAAGCAUGAGUGGUGGUGGUUCUUACAUGAGUGGUGGCGGUGGUGGUUUUGGUUAUGGCAGUGCUAGUGCUGUUGGUGGUGGAGGUGGUUUUGGUUCCAUGUUGAUGGCUGGUGGUGGUGGUGGUGGUGGCGCUUUCGGAGGUGCUAUGAUACCUCAGAUCACAAACGUCCAAGUCAACCAGUCCCUGCUGGCCCCCUUGAACCUUGAGAUCGACCCAACCAUCCAGACUGUCCGUACCAAUGAGAAAGAGCAGAUCAAGACACUCAACAACCGCUUCGCCUCCUUCAUUGACAAGGUCCGCUUCCUGGAGCAGCAGAACAAAAUGCUGGAGACCAAAUGGUCCUUGCUGCAGGACCAGACCACCACCCGCUCAAACAUCGAUGGCAUGUUCGAGGCUUACAUUGCCAACCUGCGCAGACAGCUGGAUGGGCUUGGCAAUGAGAAGAUCAAGCUGGAGGGAGAGCUGAGGAACAUGCAGGGACUGGUCGAGGACUUCAAGAACAAAUAUGAAGAUGAAAUCAACAAGCGCGCUGGUGUGGAGAACGAAUUUGUGCUCCUGAAGAAGGAUGUCGAUGGCGCCUACAUGAACAAGGUUGAGCUGGAGGCCAGAGUUGACGCCCUUCAGGAUGAGAUUAACUUCCUCAGAGCUGUCUAUGACGCUGAACUGCGUGAACUCCAGGGACAGAUCAAGGACACAUCAGUCAUUGUGGAGAUGGACAACAGCCGCGGCCUGGACAUGGACGCCAUUGUGGCUGAAGUCAAGGCUCAGUACGCAGACAUUGCCAACCGCAGCCGCCUGGAGGCAGAGACAUGGUACCAGGAGAAGUACAAGCAGAUUGAGUCGACUGCAGGCCAGGCCGGAGAGGACCUUCGCACCACCAAGAACGAGAUUGCUGAGCUCAACCGCAUGAUCAGCCGUAUUCAGAAUGAGAUUGAAGCAGUCAAGGGACAGCGUGUCAGCCUGGAGGCCCAGAUCGCUGAGGCCGAGGAGCGCGGUGAGCUGGCUGUGAAGGAUGCCAAGGCACGUAUCCGUGACCUGGAAGAAGCCCUGCAGAGAGCCAAACAGGACAUGGCCCGCCAGGUGCGUGAGUACCAGGAGCUCAUGAACGUCAAACUGGCUCUGGACAUUGAGAUUGCGACCUACAAGAAGCUUCUGGAAGGAGAGGAAUCCAGAAUUGCCAGUGGUGGUGGAUCCGCAACCAUCCAUGUGCAGCAGUCCUCCAGCAGCAUGGCAGCCGGUGGCGGCAGCAGCGGCGGCUAUGGCUAUGGUUCAGGAGGCGGCUUCAGCAGCAGCAGCGGCAUGGGCUAUGGGGGCGGCAGUAGCAUGAUGAUGAGCAGCGGCGGUGGCGGCGGCGGCCUGAUGAUGAGCGGCGGUGGCGGCGGCAUGAUGAUGAGCGGCGGCGGUGGCAGCAGCAGCAGCAUGAGAUACAGCAGCAGCAGCAGCAGCUCUCGGCGUUUCUAAAAACAACGGCUGUCUUUCUCUCCAUCCUUCUCAUUUUGUUCUCCUCUUCUUGUCCCACCCUUUCCCUGGCAAGCACUUGUAACUGCUUCCCUAAGCCCUGCCAUCUCUCAGCUCUUUAGCAUUUAGUUCCUAUGUUGCUGCUCCCCUUUUGGCACUGCAUACCUACUUAGAGUCAAAGAUUACAUCAAAAAAAAUACAAGCAGAGGCAGAGAGAUUGUUAGACCAAAAACAAAGAGCAUAUGUGAGUCAGUCCUCUCUUUCUUUCUUCAGUCAGCCUGGCUGUCUUUUGGUUGCUGGAUGUGCUGUCGUGUAGACAAGAGCAUACUUGUAGUGUCAUGACAGAGAAUCCUCACAAGGCAACAAUCAUUGCACACAAAAUGACAACAGCAGCUCUUAGAUUUGCACAUAAGGAGAUCCAGAUCUAAAAAUGUAGAAAGCAUACACAGCAGGUAUCAACAUAGUCUCAACUUCUCUUUUCUGCAAUAUCUCCUCUGUUGUCUUGUCAUCUUGUUGUGCAUUUGAAA